GCCUUGCCUCUCUCUAGUUUGUCAAGAAAAAAUGGAAAAUUUCGCAAGUGUCCAAAAGUAAUUUGCUAUUCCUCCUCCUUAUGCUAUUAUAAGUCACUUAAGUCUCAACUCCUUCACUACACUUAUCAUCCAAAAAAACGAAACAAACAGAAUCAGUUCCUUCUUAAUUUAAAAAAAAAAAAACCCUUGGCAGUUUCAACCAUGGCAGAGGUUGAAAUCAACGUUGUUGAAACGAUCAACGGUGAUUGCCACGAAUUUAAGUCACUUCUGUCUUCUUCAGACAGAGAUUUCCUCGUACGCAACAACGGUGAUCAGGUUAAAAUCGAGAGCUUGAAGGGGAAGAAGCUUGGAUUGUAUUUCUCAGCAUCAUGGUGUGGUCCGUGUCAACGAUUCACCCCUAAGUUAGUGGAGGUGUACUCUGAACUCUCUCCAAAAGGUGAUUUUGAGAUCAUUUUUGUCUCAGGAGAUGAAGAUGCAGAACUAUUCAAUGGUUACUUCUCUAAGAUGCCAUGGCUUGCAAUCCCUUUUUCUGAUUCAGAGACACGUAGCCGCUUGGACAAGUUGUUCAAGGUGAUGGGAAUACCUCAUCUUGUGCUCUUGGAUGAAAAUGGUAAAGUCAUAACUGAUGAGGGAGUUGAGAUCAUUCAAGAGUAUGGAGAGGAAGGGUACCCUUUCACCCCUGAAAAAAUCCAAGAAUUAAAAGAUUUAGAAAAAAAGGCCAAGUCGGAACAGUCCAUAAAAACUAUCUUUGUUUCCCGUUCACGUGACUUUGUAGUUACAUCUGAUGGAAACAAGGUGCCUGUGUCUGAACUUGAGGGAAAGAUUGUAGCACUAUAUUUCUUAGAGUCUUCAGACGAGGAAUCUGCUGAUUUUACUCCAAAACUUGCUGAAGUUUAUAAGAAACUGAAAGAAAAGGGGGAGAAUUUUGAGAUUGUUGUGGUAUCUCUUGAUGAUGAAGAGGAAUCUUUCAAGGAAAGCUUUGUGGCACCUUGGUUGGCAUUGCCCUUCAAAGACCAGAGCUGUGAGAAAUUAAUUAGGUACUUUGAGCUCUCGACCCUUCCAACUGUUGUUAUUAUUGGCCCUGAUGGCAAAACUCUCCACUCUAAUGCUGCCGAAGCAAUUGAAGAACAUGGGAUUCAGGCCUAUCCCUUCACACCAGAAAAAUUUGCAGAGCUUGCAGAAAUAGAGAAAGCAAAAGAGGAAGCACAAACUCUGGAAUCAAUUCUGAUUUCUGGGGAUUUGGAUUUUGUCAUUGGGAAGGAUGAUGCUAAGGUCCAGGUGACCGACUUGGUGAGGAAGACCAUUCUCUUGUACUUCUCAGCACAUUGGUGCCCACCAUGCCGUGCCUUCACGCCAAAACUUGUUGAAGUAUACAAGAAGAUCAAGGUGAAGGAUGAAGCAUUUGAAGUGGUUUUUAUUUCUAGUGAUAGUGAUCAAGCCUCCUUUGAGGAAUAUUAUUCAGGAAUGCCCUGGCUGGCACUUCCUUUUGGUGAUGCUAGGAAGCCAUUGUUGAGUCGCAAAUUCAAGGUCCAAGGCAUCCCCAUGCUUAUAGCCAUUGGACCAACUGGAAAAACUGUUACAAAAGAGACCAGGGAUCUGAUCAUGGACCAUGGGGCCGAUGCCUAUCCUUUCACUGAGGAGCGUUUGAAGGAGAUUGAAGCACAGUAUGAGGAGAUGGCAAAGGGGUGGCCUGAGAAACUGAAACAUGAACUGCACGAGGAGCAUGAGCUCGUGCUCACUCGUCUUCAUUAUUUCAAGUGUGAUGGAUGCAAUGAAGAAGGACAAGCGUGGUCAUUUUUGUGUGAAGAAUGUGACUUCACUCUCCAUCCGAAGUGUGCCCUGAAAGAAGAUAAAGAAACCAAAGCUGAUGAAAUGGAAGAAGGAAAUCCAAAAGAAGGUUGGAUCUGUAAAGGGGAGGUCUGUACUAGAAUUUGAUGGAUUUUGUCCUUGGGGGUUUGGUGGUGCUGUUCUCUAUAUUUCACGUUUGUUUUCAAAUGUAGCAGCCGCAGUGGUACUUAUGCUUUGUUUCUUAUUGGGCUUGGAGAUACCCUGGUAUCUGUCCAAUUGUUCAUGCUGAUGCAGCCAUAAUCAUAUCUUUGCUAUGAAAUAAAAAAACUUUGAAAAUCUGUCUCCAAUAGCAAUG